AUGAAGUUGGAUCUUUCUUUAAGGCCAUAUUCCCCGGACCGAGAAUUCUCGCCUGUUAUUUCGCACUUUUCAACAGGCGAAAAACCCGUGGAAAAUGUUCAUCCCCCAGGCCCAAGCGUCAAGAAAGGCAUUAGGUUUGAGCUGGAGGAAGGUAGUGGAAGCAAUGAAUUUGAUUUACCGAAGCCUCAUGGUGUUUCCAAACCUAUCUCAAGCACAUUUAAUGGUCCGGAACGCUGGUUUGGCCAGUUCAUCCAAUCCCAUUAA